AUGCUUGUUGCAGGCCCUCUGGAAAAGCAGCUGGCGGGAAGCUCCGGCGAUACGGUGAAUGAUGCGUUUGACUGCAGUCGUCCCAUACCUCCGGGCUUUAAACAGAACUUUGAGUACCUCCAGAACAGAGGGGUGACCCACUUCAAAGUGCCGCUGUCAUGGGCUCAGCUUCUACCUACAGGCCUCCCCAGCCAACCGCAGCAGGCUGUGGUUACCUGUUACCAGACGCUGCUGAGGCAGCUGCUGGAGGCGGGCCUUCAGCCUCUGGUCGUCCUUCACGGAUCCACCGUGCCAGACGCUCUGAGGUCAAGGUAUGGAGGAUGGGAGAGCCGGGAGCUGGUAGAGAUGUUUCAGAGCUAUGCAGAGUUUGCCUUUGAGGAGUUUGGAGCACUGGCACGCUCGUGGGUGACACUGAGUGACUUGGAUGAUGUUUGGCAUGACGGGCCGCCUGCCAGUGCUCCUGGUCCUCUGCAAAAUAUCCUCCAGCUCCACAAGAACAUUUACAAGAUCUACCACCAACGGUUUCCUGACAAAGGGAGACGUCUUUCAAUCGGACUGAGAGCUGGUGAUGCUGCAAUCCUUCCACAGAUCAAAGGUUCAUCUCCAACCGAUUUCUUGUCAGUGCACAUUGAAUACAACUGUGCCUCUGCAUCAAGCUUUGCAAAGGAGCUGAGCCGCUUACAGGUAAUAACCUUAUUGAACAACGAUAACCUGAAUAUUGUGGGAUGUGACAUGAUGCAUAUGUUUGGUAAGCUGGACAUGGAGGACGUCCCAACCAGCAGUCUUGGUAUUUCAGACUACAAUAUAAUUAAAACAUUUCAAAACAGUUAUCAGAAUGUUUGGAAAACAUUUGAGGCCCAGACCAAAGCAGAACGAGACCUUUUCCUCAAUGAAUCAUUCCCACCUAGCUUCCAAUGGGCUACCUCCAGUGAGUCCUUCAAGGUUGAGGGAGGCUGGUUAGAAGGUGGGAAGGGAGAGACCAUUUGGGACCGUUUUGGUCAUGACGGCCUAGCCUUUGUGAAUCAGACAGCUGACCGAGCUUGUGACAGUUACCACAAGGUGGAUUAUGAUGUCUACCUCCUGCGAGGUCUUCAUGUCAACACCUACCAGUUUUCCAUUUCCUGGGCCCGUAUUUUCCCCUCAGGCCACCGGGGAAGCCAAUCCGAGAAUGGGCCUCUCUACUAUGACAAGCUGAUCAACGCUCUUAUUGAGUCUGGUGUACAACCUGUUGUCACUCUCUAUCACUGGGAUCUGCCCCAGACACUCCAGGACUAUGGUGGAUGGACCAACGCUUCCAUUGCUGAAGCCUUCAAGGACUACGCAGACUUCUGCUUCUCCAGGUUUGGAGACAGGGUCAAGGCCUGGAACACAUUCAGUAGCCCCUGGGUGGUGAGCCAUGCUGGGUAUGGCACUGGUGAGCAUCCCCCUGGAGUAAAAGACUAUGUGGUUGCCUCCUAUCAGGCCACUCACAAUAUGCUCAAGUCUCAUGCUGAGGCCUGGCAUGUCUACAAUGACAAGUACAGAAAGGUACAAGGAGGGAAAGUGGGCAUUGCAUUGAAUUCUGAUUGGGCUGAGCCCAAGGACCCCUCCAGACCCGAAGACAUAGAAGCUGCAGAUCGCUACCUGCAGUUCAUGCUGGGCUGGUUUGCACAUCCUAUAUUUGUAAAUGGAGAUUAUCCUCCAACACUCAAGACUCAGAUUGAAAAUAAAAUAAAAGAUUGUCCCCUUUCUGAGCCUGCAAGACUUCCAGUUUUCACUGCUGAAGAGAGCCAGAGGAUAAGUGGAACAGCUGACUUCUUGGGAUUAAACCACUACACUUCUCGGUUGAUCAACAACAGUGUUGGUGCCUGCACCCCUGGUCCUCAGGGGGUGGGAGACUUCCAGGCACAUGUGGACCCAUCAUGGUCUUCUACAGCUUCUGACUGGAUCUAUUCUACACCUUGGGGUCUCAGAAGGCUUCUCAACUACAUUUCCACAGAAUACUUGAAUGUUACCAAAGUGCCUAUCUACAUAACUGGGAAUGGUAUGCCCACUGAGCAAAGUGGGGAGACUCUCAAUGACAUUGGUAGAAUAGAGUACAUGAAGAGUUACAUUAAUGAAGCUCUGAAAGCAAUAUUCAUAGAUGGAGUGAAUGUGCAGCGAUUCACAGUGCAGUCCCUCAUGGAUGGAUUUGAGGGAAAACAAGCCUACAGCCAAAGAUUUGGUCUUCACCAUGUCAACUUUGAAGAUGCAGACAGACCAAGAUCCCCAAAGCAAUCUGCAUAUUUCUACUCUCAGCUUAUCAAGCGCAAUGGAUUUGGUUCACAUGAAGAGCAUACUUUUAAAGGAUCAGUGAUGCAACACAUCCGCCUUCCAACAGCUUUAACACCCUCUGAGGUUCCGUCUAAAUCCAAGGUUGUCUGGGAGAAAUUUUCAAACCAGUCAAAAUUUCAGCGAAAACUCUACCACUAUGGCACUUUCCCACCAGGCUUCAGUUGGGGAGUAUCAUCUUCGGCUUACCAGAUUGAAGGUGGCUGGAAUGCUGAUGGGAAGGGGCCCAGUGUCUGGGAUACAUUCACCCACAACCCUGGCAGUAUUCCUGCAAAUAGUAAUGGGGAUGUGGCCUGUGACAGCUACCACAGACUUGAAGAAGACUUCUACAUGCUGCGAGCUCUCAGGGUUAAGUCAUACAGAUUCUCUUUGUCCUGGUCCAGGAUCUUUCCUGAUGGUCGGCUUACCUCCCUGAACCAGAAAGGUGUUGACUACUACAAUAGACUAAUUGAUGGCCUAAUAGCAUAUAACAUCACUCCCAUGGUGACUCUCUACCACUGGGACCUUCCUCAAGCUUUGCAAAACCUUGGGGGCUGGGAAAAUAGAGAGAUGAUUAACAUUUUUAAUGACUUUUGUGACUUCUGCUUUUCCACCUAUGGAGAAAGAGUGCAAUUUUGGAUGACCUUCAACCAGCCUCACACAAUUGCGUGGUCAGGGUAUGGACUCGGACAGAUUCCACCAAAUGUUAGGAAUCCAGCAAUUGCACCAUACAGAGUCGCACACAACCUUAUAAAGGCACACGCCACGGUUUACCACACAUAUGACGAUAAGUAUCGCAAAUCCCAAAGUGGUCUCGUAUCCAUAGCCCUAAAUGCUGAUUGGAUUGAACCUAAAGAUGUUAAUGUUCCCCGUGAGGUGGUGGCCGCUGACCGCGCCCUGCAGUUCAAACUAGGUUGGUUUGCACACCCCAUCUUCAAGAAUGGCGACUAUCCAGAUGCAAUGAAGUGGCAAGUUGGAAACAAAAGUGAACUCCAACGUCUUUCAGAGACAAGACUACCUUCAUUCACUGAAGAAGAAAAGAGCUUCAUCAAAGGAACUGCUGACAUGUUCUGUGUAAAUCAUUAUACGACAAAGAUAGCAAGCCAUGCUACUCUGAGGCUUUCCCCUCAAUCCUAUGCAUAUGACCAGGACUUGUCAGAAGAAGAUGAAGUUGAUUCUCCAACUACUGCCGUUAGUAACCAGAGAGCUGUAGCAUGGGGCUUGAGAAGACUCCUCAACUGGAUCAAAGAGGAGUAUGGAGAUCCGGAGAUUUACAUUACUGAGAAUGGAGUAGCUACGGAAUCAAAGACAACUUGGGAUGACUCUGCCAGAGUAUUUUAUUACAAGACCUACAUUGAUGAGGCUCUGAAAGCCUAUGACUUUGAUGGUGUGAAGGUGAAAGGAUACAUAGCAACAUCGGUCAUGGAUUCUUUUGAGUGGCUUGAUGGGUACAAAGUAGGAUUUGGGCUUCACCAUGUGGACUUCAAUAACCCCAAUCGGCCGAGGACACCUAAGUACUCCGCCCACUUCUACUACCAAGUUAUAAAGGACAAUGGUUUCCCUACACCAGAUGAUGAGAAGCUUAUUCAUGGACAUUUCCGCAAAGAUUUUAUCUGGAGUACUGCAACGGCAUCAUAUCAGAUUGAGGGGGGAUGGAGAGCGGAUGGAAAAGGCCUCAGCAUCUGGGACAAGUUUGCUCACACUCCUCUCCGAGUGUUUAAUGAUGACAAUGGCGAUAUAGCCUGCAACAGUUACAAUAAAGUAGAUGAGGAUGUGGCUAUAUUGAAGCAACUUAAGGUGACCCAUUAUCGUUUCUCCAUAUCCUGGCCGCGGGUGCUUCCUGAUGGCACCACCAAGCACAUCAAUGAGGCUGGGCUAAACUACUACCACAGACUGGUUGAUGCACUGCUCGCUGCAAACAUCCAACCUCAUAUUACUCUCUACCACUGGGACCUUCCACAAGUUCUGCAGGACAUUGGGGGCUGGGAGAAUGAGACUAUUAUUGUCAAAUUCAAGGAUUACGCUGACCUCAUCUUUAGCCGUCUUGGCAACAAAGUGAAAUUUUGGAUCACCAUUAAUGAGCCAUACAAUAUAGCCAAUGUGGGCCAUGGCUAUGGCGCGGCUGCCCCAGGAAUCAGUUUCCGACCAGGCACUCUGCCUUACAUUGUGGGUCACAACCUGCUGAAAGCACACGCUGAGGCCUGGCAUCUCUACAAUGACACGUACCGGGCCAAGCAGAAAGGAAUUAUCUCCAUCACCAUCAACUCUGACUGGUCAGAGCCCAGAAAUCCCAAUAAGCAGGAGGACAUUGACGCUGCAAGACGUGUGGUGCAGUUCUACAUUGGCUGGUUUGCCCAUCCCGUAUUUAACGGAGACUACAGCAACAUGAUGAAGACAAUCAUUCAAGAGCGAAGCCUGGCUGCUGGUCUGCUAAAAUCUCGACUGCCUGAGUUCACUCCUGAGGAGAUUAAGAGGGUUCAGGGAACCUAUGAUUAUUUUGGGUUCAACCAUUACACCACUGUCCUGGCGUUCCCUGUGAAAUAUGGAAACCUUCAGCACUAUGAUGCCGAUAGGGGUGCAGGAACGAUUGCUGAUCGUACCUGGCUGGAUUCAGGCUCAUCUUGGCUGAAGGUCUCACCGUUUGGAUUCCGCAGGAUAUUGAACUUCAUUAAGGCCGAGUAUGGAAAUCCACCAAUUAUCAUCACAGAAAAUGGCAUGUCAGAGCGAGGACCGACUGACCUAAACGAUAUCCAUAGGAGCUACUACUAUGAAAAGUACAUUAACCAGGUGCUGAAAGCUUACUUGCUAGAUAACGUGGAUAUCCGGGGUUACACAGCGUGGUCUCUGAUGGACAACCUAGAGUGGGCCACUGGCUUUUCAGAACGAUUUGGCCUUUUCUACGUCAACCACUCGGACCCCAAAUUGCCUCGAGUGGCCAAGACUUCUGUUACACUCUACUCCACCAUCAUCAACUGCAACGGUUUCCCAGACCCUGCCUUGGGACCCCAUGAGUGCUUGAACACCGUGCCUGAAGCCACGAGCGCGCCCAUCACGCCCACUUCCCCCAACAACACUGUGAGAUUCCUGGGUAUGAGGCUCUCGACCAAUGAUGCUGAGGCCGGACUUACCACCACAUUUGCUCUGCUGAUCGCUGCAGCGUUUGGAGCUGUUUGUACAUCUUUUCUUUUGGUGAAGGCAAAAAAACAUUCCAAGGAAAACUAUUAUAUGGAAACUAUCAAAAUGGAACGGAAAUUCUGAUAGCAAAAAUGCAGAGUUGUAAUCAAAGUCCAA